ACGGAGUACUGGGCCCACCAGCGUCUUCACAUCAAAGAGGAGCGGCAACUGGACUGUCCACACUGUCCCUUCGUCACGGAAUACAAGCACCAUCUGGAGUACCACAUCCGCAAUCACCUGGGCUCAAAACCCUACAAGUGCUCCAAGUGCAACUAUGACCUUCCGGAGAAUAGCUGCAGUGUUACAGAUACCCUACAGGCGAAAGGUAACCCCUCGGCUCGUUGUUUGACCGAGACCACCAGCCUGCCCACCAGUCCCUUCAUUCCACACUUCACUCUGUCCCCAAACCCCCCGGGGGAUAGAUCACCGCUCUUUAGAUCCUUCCAACCUGAAGCCAAGCUGCAGUCUCACUGUGCGCUUAACUCCUUUGAGAAGGCCUUCCAGACACUUCUACCUCCACCACCGCCUGCGCUGACGGAAGCCCAAACCUGCCGCACCGCCAAUUUCGCACCCCCAUACUCCUCCUGGCUUUCAACAAAAGGCCUUCCUUCGCCCCUUUCGGGUUUCGCUCCCUCGAUGCCAUUUCUGUCACCGGGACUGCCCCUGAAUUUCCCUCCAUCACCUAAUGCUGUCGCGGCGAUGGCCGCGUUUAUGCUCUCCGCACAGCAGCAUGCCUUCAGUAGUAUGGACUCACUGAUGAGCCAACAUCAUCCGGGGACGAAAGCAGGGGAUGCGAGAACAGACCGGCAGGAACUGCCUUUCCGGUCAAUGCCCCAGUUGCCUAAAGGCGAGUCAAACAAUCCGAUGUGGGUUCUAAACGCUUGGCGGGACGAUGUCGACGGAACUUCGUCCCUUUUUCCUCCGACAGCUGAAGCGACGCACAAUGAAAGCGCUCCAGAGCGACCACAGCUCCAUUCCACCCUCCCGAGGAUUGAUGGUGGCGGCGGAAGUACUUCCCCUAUGAAUUUAUGCGAUGGGAUACUCGACUUGAGUUCAAGGGGUGCGCAUCGUAUGGAGGUGGACACGGAGUCAGACAAGAAAUGCGAAACCAGAAAGGAAGCCCCAGGCGCAUUCAGAAGUCGGAUUCCGUCGUGUGAUCUGCAUCUCCAGGAGGGUACCCCACGUCUACUUGACAACAGCCCCCUCGAAGGGCAAAAUUUGUCAGUGUCCAGUGAAUGCCCCUUCUGUGAGAUUAUUUUUAAAAACCGAACACUCUUCGAACUUCAUAUGAGAUUCCACAAUCCACAAAACCCCUUCGCCUGCAAUCAAUGCGGUGUGCAGACUCGUAGUCAAGUAGAAUUUUUCACUCACCUCAGCGAAAAAGAGCACAUCAGGCAAUGA